UGUACGCGCGCAUGCGUCAGGCACGUCAUUCGGCCAUUGACUGGAUCCGAGUGUGCGUCGGUUGCAUGGUGUGUACCUACAUAUUACGUGGUAAUAAAACUUAUUUUAUUAAUCCCUGAACCCUAUAUAUGGCGACGAGUCAAAAGUGAGUACAACUAGUUUAUUAUCAAAAGGGCAAGGGAGAAACUGCAAAUAACAAAAUAUAAUGUUUACGCUUUGUCGUCUAGCGAAUAUUAGCGGCCAUUUUGUUAAAACAAACAGCUAAAACAAUAAUACUACUUAUUAGGUAUAUUUAACGCAAAUAAUUUCUUAAAUGGCUGCAUAUAAUAGCUUUGUUGCUUUUAUUAAUAUGCUAACAAUGCAUGUUUUAUUGUUUUAAAUACCUAAGUGCUUUGACUAGUGAAAUUAAAUUUAUCAUAAGUUGGUAAAUAGAUGGCUCGACAGAAAUGUGAACAAAUACCUUCGCUUGUUGUAAAAUUGAUACCUAUUUGCAAAUAAAAAGGCAAUACAAUAAAUACCUUGAAGAUAUGUGUGUGAAUAUGUACUUAUAAGUAGUUAUGAAUUAAACAAAGGGAGGAUAUAUUAUUCCUCCGACUAUUUAUGAAUAUGAAUAUUUGUUUUGUACCUACUAGUACUAGGUGCCUACAUUCUUGUUGUUUUAAUUGUUGUUAAAUUUAUAGCGUAGUUUAAAGAGACUCAAUAAUAUUAUAAAAUCAGGUUAUUAUACACAUAAAAAUGGUUACAAUACAUUUGGAUGGUUUAGGUACAAUUAAAAAAAAUUACAUGAAUUCUCUUAAUGACUUAAAAAAUUGUUUUUUUUUCACAUUUCAUUGAAAUUCAGUCAUUACAUUAAUACAAAGUUUCGAUACGCAUAUCUUACUUACGUAGUGUAAAAAGGUAAAAAAAAAAAAAUCCAUGUAAAAAAAAAGGGCAUUGCCCUAUGAAAGGAAAAGCCACGUUCCAAUUGAAUGGCCACGUACACAAAAACGAUAUGGCCAUGCAAUAAAAAAUUAAAAAAGGCCAUGCUGCACAAUAAAUGGCCACGCAAUAAUAAUAAAUAAAAAAAAAAACGGCCACGCAAUAAAAUAAAAAUGGCCACGCAAUAAAAAUAAAAAAACAAUGGCCACGCAAAAAAAAAAAAAAAACCACAAUGGCCACGCAAUAAAAAAAAAAAAAACCUACAAUGGCCACGCAUACAAAAUACGGUAUGGCUACGCAAUAAAAAAAAAGGGCCAUGCCACACAAAAAAAUAAAUGGCUAAAAAAAAAUAAUCGCACGAAAGAUGUGACGACCAUUUAAAUGAUCGAGUGUCACUUUCAUCUUUCAGGUAGCCUCAAAAUGACUCAAAGUACCUCAACACUAUCAUUGCCAAAUCUAGAUAAUUUCGACUGCAAUGGCGAUCCGGCAUCAGUUGGGUUACGUUGGCAAAAAUGGAAAAGAGCUCUUGAAAUUUACUUUUUGGCUGCUAAUAUUGAGAAACCAGGAAAAAAACGAGCAACACUUCUUCAUAUUGGAGGAUUAUCACUUCAAGAGGUUUACUAUAAUCUUCCUGGUGCACACGUUGAUGACAAGACUGACGUCGAUGUUUAUGCAAUAGCCAUUGAUAAGCUAAAUUCAUAUUUCGCUCCAAAACAAAGCCGAAUUUAUGAGAGAUACAUAUUUCGGCUGAUGAAACAAGAAGAAAACGAAAAUUUUGAGAGAUUCUUAUUAAAGCUACGGGAACAAGCUGAAAAAUGUCAGUUCAAAGACAAAGACGAACAUUUGAUCGAUCAAAUCACAGAAAAGUGUAGAUCAAUGGAGUUAAGGAAGAAGAUAUUAGAAAUUGGAGACUCUGUAACGUUAGACCAAGUAAUUUCAAAAGCCAAUGCAUUAGAAGUGGUAGCUAGACAAUUGGAUCAAUUUAAAAAUAUAGAAAAUCCUCAGUUUGAUAAAGUAGAAGUUAACAAGAUCAUCGCAAAGAAAGUAAAUAGUAAACUGUCUUAUGGAACACGAUCUUCAGACUCGGACUGCUCCAGAUGUGGCAGUAAGAGGCACUCAUCUAAUGAUACGAAUUGCCCUGCAAAAGACAAACGAUGCCUAAAGUGUGGAUUCAUAGGCCACUACAAAGAACAAUGUAGGACUGCGAAGAAGCGACGUUUUACAAACAAUAAGUCAGAAACGGUAACCAAAAAACCUAAAUUGGAUUCGAAGAAAGUGGAUGGGCGUUCUGAAAUUGACUAUAUUUUUCACUUGGAUGAGGACGAAACUAUUCAGUGUACAAUAGGUGGAAUAUGCGUAGCAAUGUUGAUAGAUUCUGGCAGCAAAUGUAAUGUAAUUACCGAUAAAACCUGGCAAUACCUCAAAAAUAACAAGGUUCAAGUAUCUAAUAUGAAUAAGAAACCAGACAAAAUACUAGUACCUUAUGGCAGUAAAGAUCCAUUGGAAAUAAUAGGUGCAUUUGACGCGAACAUUUCGACCAACAGUAAAUGCAUAACUUCUACUUUGUAUGUUAUUAAAAAUGGCACACGCGAUUUAUUAGGAAAAUCUACUGCCAUACAACUAGGAGUUCUCCGAAUUGGUCUUCAAAUUAACGCUGUUCAGGCCAAUUUGACUUCGGAAGUAGUCUUCCCAAAGUUCAAAGGGGUAACUGUCCAGAUUCCGAUUGAUAAAAAUAUAAAACCUGUCAUCCAGCCGUAUAGAAGAGUUCCAAUUCCGUUGGAAGAGAGAGUUGACAAAAAAUUGCAAGAACUAAAAGAUGCUGACAUCAUCGAAGAAGUAAAUGAACCAACUAAGUGGGUGUCUCCAAUGGUCCCUGUACUCAAAGAGAAUGGUGAGGUUAGGCUAUCCGGCAACGCUGACUUGCGACAACGGGAGUCAGUUUUCGAGCGAAGAAUUUAAAAAUUACUGUAUAGAAUGUGGCAUUAUUAUCUAUAACACAAUUCCAUAUUGGCCACAAAUGAAUGGAGAAGUCGAAAGGCAAAAUAGAGAUGUUUUGAAAAGACUCAAGAUAAGCCAGGCAGAGGAAAAGAAUUGGAAGGAAGAAAUUUUUAGAUAUUUAAUGAUGUAUAAUAGUACCCCACAUUCAGUUACAGGAAAAUCACCUUCAGAAUUAUUUUUUAAACGUCAAUUCCGUGACAAAAUUCCUACUGCACCUGAUAUAGAAUAUAGGACAAGAGAUACAGAAAUUAGAGAUAGAGAUGCAGAAAUGAAGGAAAAAGGGAAAGAUUACAGCGAUAGGAAAAGAAAAGCCGCAGAGAAUAGUUUAGAAAUUGGUGAGAAAGUUUUGGUAAAAAAUAUAAUAAAAGAAAAUAAAUUAACUACAAAUUUCAGCCCAGUCGAGCACUGUGUUACUAAUGUCAAUGGUGGUGACGUUACGGUGAGGAACGAGGAAACCGGCAAAGAAUACCGCCGUAACAUCGUCCACUUAAAAAAAGUGAAUGAUACGUGGACUGUUGUGGAUCAAAAUAGUAAUAAUGAAGUUGUUAAUAAAUAGUUUGUAAUCGCCAUGUUUAAAUAAUUGUAAUGCCUAAUGAUUAUUUUAAAAUAUGGUUGUUCUAUAAUUUAAUUUUGUUAACAAUGUCGAUUGUAUGAACUUUAAGUUACAUUUUAAAAAAUAAAUAAAGAAGGGAUGUAGUGUACGCGCGCAUGCGUCAGGCACGUCAUUCGGCCAUUGACUGGAUCCGAGUGUGCGUCGGUUGCAUGGUGUGUACCUACAUAUUACGUGGUAAUAAAACUUAUUUUAUUAAUCCCUGAA